AUGGACUGUGACAGAAAUCUGUAUGACUUUCCAACCAAAAACUGCUCCUACUUCAAACAUUUCACGUCGGGAGAAGAAGCGGAAGUUUUCGAAGUCAAGACCCAGAAGGAGUACAACAUCUCUGCGGCGGCCAUCGCCAUUUUCAGUCUACUCUUCAUGAUCUUGGGGACCCUCUGUGUCAUCUUCUCCUUCGGGAAGGGGCGGGACUACCUGCUGCGGCCUGCCGGGAUGUUCUUUGCCUUUGCAGGUCUCUGCAUCAUCAUCUCUGUGGAGGUCAUGCGGCAGUCCGUCAAGCGUAUGAUUGACAGCGACGAGACCAUCUGGAUCGAGUACUACUACUCGUGGUCCUUCACCUGCGCCUGCGCCGCCUUCACCCUCCUCAUCCUCAGCGGAGUGGCACUCCUCCUUAUCUCCAUGCCCCACAUGCCCAGGAACCCCUGGGAGACCUGCAUGGACGCUGAGCCUGACACCUUAGAUUAG